GCCUCUGUCCACAGUCCCUGUGCCAGCCUCCUUCCUUCAGCAUCAUGAGCGGCCGAGUUGGAGACCUGAGUCCUAAGCAAGCAGAGGCUCUGGCCAAGUUCCGGGAAAAUGUCAAGGAUGUGCUGCCAGCCCUGCCCAACCCUGAUGAUUACUUCCUUCUGCGCUGGCUUCGAGCUCGCAGUUUUGACCUGCAGAAAUCAGAGGCGAUGCUUCGAAAGUACAUGGAGUUCAGGAAGACUAUGGAUAUUGACCACAUCCUUGACUGGCAGCCACCAGAGGUGAUCCAGAAAUAUAUGCCCGGUGGCCUGUGUGGCUAUGACCGUGAUGGCUGCCCCGUGUGGUACGACAUCAUUGGGCCACUGGACCCCAAAGGCCUGCUGUUCUCCGUCACCAAACAAGACCUGCUCAAGACCAAGAUGCGGGACUGUGAGCGCAUCCUGCAUGAGUGUGACCUGCAGACUGAGCGGCUAGGAAAGAAGAUUGAGACCAUUGUGAUGAUAUUUGACUGUGAGGGUCUGGGACUGAAGCACUUCUGGAAGCCUCUGGUGGAAGUGUACCAGGAGUUCUUUGGUCUCCUUGAGGAAAAUUACCCAGAGACCCUGAAGUUUAUGCUCAUUGUAAAAGCCACCAAACUGUUUCCUGUGGGCUAUAACCUUAUGAAGCCCUUCCUGAGUGAGGACACUCGUAGAAAAAUUGUAGUGCUGGGAACCAACUGGAAGGAAGGUUUGCUGAAACUCAUCAGUCCUGAGGAACUGCCUGCUCAGUUUGGAGGAACCAUGACUGACCCUGAUGGGAACCCCAAAUGUUUAACUAAGAUCAACUAUGGUGGGGAUAUCCCCAAGUCUAUGUAUGUGCGGGACCAGGUGAAGACACAGUAUGAACACUCGGUACAGAUCAGCCGCGGCUCCUCACACCAGGUGGAGUACGAGAUCCUAUUUCCAGGCUGUGUUCUCAGGUGGCAGUUUGCAUCCGAUGGGGCCGACAUUGGCUUUGGGGUUUUCCUAAAGACCAAGAUGGGGGAGCGGCAGCGGGCUGGGGAGAUGACAGAAGUGUUGACCAGCCAGCGCUACAACGCCCACAUGGUGCCUGAGGAUGGGAGCCUGACCUGUGCAGAGGCCGGCGUGUAUGUCCUGCGCUUCGACAACACCUAUAGUUUUGUCCAUGCCAAGAAGGUCAGUUUCACAGUGGAGGUGCUGCUCCCAGACGAGGGCAUGCAGAAAUACGACAAGGAAUACACCCCUGUGUAGGCAAACUCUUCGCUUCUCAGAGACUCAGCCCUCUGCUUCUCUCUCUCUCCCCCUCCUCACUGAUCAUUAUUUGUCCUAUUGACUCUGUGACAUGAGUGAGUAGAAGAGCUGCCUUGUGGGAGUCUAUGCUGUGCUCAGAUCAGGAAAGAAAUGAGAGGCAGGGCCCUGAGGAUGUCAAAGUUGUGGGAUACAGGGAGGCAAACAGAGAAGCAAGAGGCAGA